CCGUUAUGCUCAGGCAUGCUGAAAUCAUAGAGCAAAAUCUAUUCUCUUUCAAAACGAUCAAAGUGAAAUUUGUAAAAAAAGAAAUUCUCCAUGCAUGUUGGUAACGCUACCAAUGUUUGUUGCUGUCGAAACGCAUUAGCUAGAUAUCGUUAAAGCAUUGAUUGCUUCGUAUCGUAGCGGACGGUUGUUCUGUUAAGGUGUUUCGCAAAAUUACGAAGUACUCGAAGACUAUUAUGGAAGCACUAUUGCCGUCCGAAAUAGCUCGAUUAGUCCUCGGUUACUUGGAGGAUCAGCAGUGUACAGAUGCAGCCAAACAAUUUUUAGAAUCGUCCCCACACUUACAAGAAUGCCGGACGGUAGUCUCUUAUGGGAAGAGAUUCAGCACCAAAGUUAAUGGUUUAACACUGAUAGAUAUCAUUGAGAAGUUUUCUGCCAUUAGCAAUAUGAUUCAAGAACGGUUAAACAAAGCCACAGAUUGUGAGCAGUUGAAACAUUGCGGAGAUCUAAUAGAACAGCUUAAAUUCCUUGUAGAAGAGCCACGUGGCCAGCGAUUUGUUGUAAACAUAAAUGUGCCAUCUCAGAAUAACACGCAAACAUCAGGUGGCUCGCCUACUCUCGCAAAUAGCAUGCGGAGGAGACGACAUAGUAAUAGUGAACGAAGUAAACGCACUACCAAAUCCCAAUUAAAUAUGACGCAACAGCCCGACGUCGUAACAAAUUCAUCGAUUUCUCACAAUAUCGAUACAACUCCAUUAGAAAGCCUACCCGGCAAUGUUAGCUCGUUUAAACAAGCAGAAUCUAUCAAUGAUAGGAGUGAGAAAAGAGAUGACAACGUUCUACAAGAGUCACCCGGUCAAUAUGACUUCGAGAAAAAUGACGGAAUGUGGAAUACGCAACAAUUUGAAGUUGACAUCGAUGGUAAAAGGAAGGAGGAAAUUAAUAUGACGACAAGUACUCCAUCUCUCAAACGAUGUACAACCGCGACAAAUACGGAGGAACAAUUGAGAUUCUCCAGUACGGAAGUGCAAACUAAUCCUUAUGAAAUACCAGAGUCGGAGUCUGAGUCGAACGAUGAACCCAUCGAAAAUCUCAGCAUAUUAACGAAAGAAAUCUUGAAUCGUACAGAGUUACAAGAAUGUAUCGCCGAAAAUAUCAAUAGAGCAAUCAUUCCUACGGACUUAUCUCUGAGGGAUGAGAGUUUCGAAUCGGUCGGCGGUGAAGGGAACACUUCUAUCAUGGCAGAGUUGAAUAAUGCUAUUAAGUCGAUUGUUGAAGCGACGGAAACCGACCCCGUGUUUGAGAAAUUCCUCGAUGAGAUCAUCGGGCCGCACACAGAGACCGAUACGAGUCCAGAGGAGGAUGGCGAAGGGAAGCACAGUCCGAAAUUUCUCAAUGAAGCGGAAGAGAAACACGCAGAAGUUGCUUUCGGCAACAUCAGUUCGCCAGAGCCAACGAUAGUGGGUACCAGAACUACGUCUACGGAGAACAAUGCCGUGGAUGUGCCUUUGAAGCACCGACUGCGCAGCUCUUCCAGACAGCAAAAUAACAGAAUGGAGGAUGAGGCCGACAAAGCCAAGGAUCAGGAGAGGGAACAGAGCACGCUGGAGGAUCAGAAUGCAGCCGCGGUGUUAAGUAUUGUAAAUGCGAAUAUUACCAAUAACACGUCCAAUGAGAAAAAAACUCUCGACAACGUGAAAGAAUCGAUGAUCAUAGGUGAGAUCACGGAGAAUGUUCAAAUGACGGUACCGACUGCAGUGAGCGAAGAGGACGCGAUGACGAAGCCCUUGGCGCUGGCGAAUGUUCAAAAAACGAGCAACAUCGUGUCGUCCACGAAUGCGGACUCUAAAGUCAGGAGAUCCACGGUAAAGCGACCGAGACCCACGAGACCGAAACGUGAUCAGACAGUGAACGAAGCAAGACAAAUCGUGACGAAGCAAGAGAUAAUAACCACACCGGCGUUGGUGGUAUGCUCGAAAGAAGAGAUAAGUAAUCUUCUGAGUAUGAACCACUCGUCGACCUCCAUCAGAUCGACCUCCGCAUCUCGCUUUAUCCCAAUCGCGCCGAAAGAUCCGAACAGAAUCGCCGGAUCCGUGGAGACUAUGUACCUGAGAACAGUGAAUCUGGCACAGAAAUUGCCGGUGGCGAGAUCAUUGCCGGUUGUAGCGGAAGAACCGGUUAACUCGAUCACUAAUCAAUCUUCGUCGCAUAGGAGAACCACUAAAGUGAGCAAAAGUGUGAAAACUGUGCGCAAAGUUGACGCAACGUUAACACCGGUCAUCGUCGACCAACGGCCUUUAAACUCUGUGGAACCCGUGCAAAUGAUCAGUAAGAUCGCGACGGGUGAGUCUCAGGUGAUUACGCUUUACGGCAACGAAAGCAGCGCGAAAACAUCCCUGGACGGCGCCAAUAUGCCUACAAUCAACCUGGAGGAGAACAUUAGCUUGUCAGAGAGUGGUCUCUCACCGUACUUAAAAUUCAACUGUAGCAAGAUUAAUCAGAGCCACAAUCUCUCCGACAUCGACUUGACGUCCAUGAUGGAGAGUGCGAAGUGCACCACUACGAUGACGACGAUGACGGUAACAACGACGACGACGGCGACGACGACGACGACGACGACGACGACGACGACGACGACGACGACGACGACGACAACGACGACGACGAUGACAGUCAACUCCACCAUCGCGGAGCAGCAACCGACGAUCUCCAUGAGUGCAGACAUAAUCGCCAAACGUACGCCUAAGUCUUUGUUGAAAAGCCGCUCCAAAAACCGCAGACUGAGCCUGUCCACACCGCGCAAACGAAGCAGCCACAUAAGAGCACUCGACUUCAGCACUCCGCCAAAGGUGAUCAACUCCGCCAGAAAGGCAAACGCAAACGAGACGACUACUCAAUUCUCAUCCGCUACGACGAAACGCUUGAAAUCCGUCUGCAGGACGUCGUUGUUUAAGUCUCCGCCGUUCUCAGGCUCCCCGAUGAUCACCACGCAGCAGCAACAGAGCCCCGUUAAAGUUUGCCAAUCUUACAAGAUCCCCAUAGCCACCAGGAGUCCCGCCCCCAAGCUCAUGGGCGGUUGGGACAAGUUCAAUGGUGUCGGCGUUAUUAUCGGCGACGUAUCCUCGCACGGGAGCACCAGCGCGUCUUCCUCUUCCGAGGAUAGAGCUCAGCACAAGGCGUCUAAAGCGCCGGCGGAAAGUUGGGAUGCCGAUCUACGGAAAGGUAUACAAUUAAAUAAAAAGGACGAAACUGAGAUGAGGAGACCUACGAAGAGAAAACACACCAAUAAGGACGAGAAUGGCACGGUGCAUAAACGAAGCAAGUAUAGUCAGCAGUUGACGAAGAGCAGUAGUGACAGGAAGAAAAUCUGCGAGAGGACUCAAGAGAUGGAAGACCCGGUUGAGCGUCUCCAGGAGAACACCGCAAAAACCGCAACAAUGGAGAAGAAUCAUGGCAUGGUUACCGUUAACGCGAGCAAGCUUUCUACGAACAAGUCCGAUAGAGUUUCAGGAUCAGACGAUGCUGCUGAAACGUCGACGAAGACGGAUGAUGCGAGCGCGCUCAGUAACGAUGUGAUAGCCGAGAAGAAACCUGUGAAGAAAUACGUACAACUGAAAACAAUAAGGACCAACCUGAAGAAGCCUGAUAGCGGCGACAGCAAGAAAAGGACUACAGAGGACGCGGAUCAGACGAUGAACAGCUCACAGAUGUCCGAGCUGUCGAGAAUUCUGUCCGCGACCAGCACGCAGCACAUACUUCGUAUGCCCGACAUGAUUGACGUAGAAACACCCAGGAAAUUCAACAACGACGGCACAUCUGUGCCGCCGCCAACACCGAGAAUGCUCAGUCCCGGUAACAAUGCCGUCACACCAUUCAUCAAGCUCAGCGAGGACUCUAGCAGACUGCGCAGCAGCUUCAUCCGUACACCAGAGUUUCCGAUCACCCCGUGCAUAACCUUCACGCCGAAGCAUACGGAGGAAACAACAAGGGACGUCGUGAAAAAAAAUGAAUAUAAUUCCCCGUACUACAAGCCCACCUGCGAGCAGGGGAUGGAAGAAAGCGACGGGAUGUCUAAGUUGAAGAAUAUUCCCGUAGUCAGCCUGGAGUCGCCGAUGAUCUCGUCGUCGCACAUCAAACUGCGCUCGAUGCAUAACAGCCUUGCUGCUGCCGGAACGUCUUAUCAGACGUGCACAUCCACGACGAAGCUGGAGAUUACGCAGUUCGAGGUGAUCAAAGAGAAUCUACCGAAGGAGGAGGCGAUCAAGGAAUUGAAGAUUGCGUCCAACAGCAUCAAAGAGUCGACGACGUCAGAGUUCAACGCCGUCACCUCCUCCGCGUCUAUCGUCGCGGUGGAAGAACGCCACGUGGGUCUGAUACGGAUCGACGAGCUUCCAGAUGCGAACGCUGAACGCCAAUGUGAAAUGACAAUCGUCGACAACAACUACACCGCCGAGAACGGCAGCUCCUCAUCGUCCGACAUUUCGUCCUCGUCCGAUUCCUCAUCGUCGUCGUCGUCGUCGUCGUCGUCGUCGUCGUCGUCGUCGUCGUCGUCGUCAUCGUCAUCGUCUACCUCCACCACGGAUUCGUCAUCGUCGUGCUCUUCAACCGACAAAAACAGCCUCUUGCCGACCAAGAGUAUAAAUGCACACAAAGAGACCACAGACGUGGUGGAGACGACGCGAUUAAUCGACGAAAAUAAUCCGGACGUUGGUAAUCCGGCGAUUGACGACGAAUCCUCGCCGAAAAAGGUGUUUAUGAUCGCGAAGACCGACGAUCAACUGCGAGUCACGUCGCAAGAAACUCCCGCCAAAGAUGAGACUCUGUUGAACGAGGCAGACAUCUCGGAGACCCCCAGCAGUUCGAAGAGUGGCAUCGAGAACCUGACAAAUCUGUCGACCAAGAUCUCGGCGAUCAUCACGGAAGAUGAGAAGCUGACGAAGCUGAACAAACCGCCGAAAAACAGCGGUAAAAGAGAGACUCUCAACCGCGCGCGAUCGAAACCGAAGGUGACGAGCGUGCAGUGCAUCCGGUUGGAAUCAUCGAAAGCCCUGGUGAAAGAGCUCGUGAAACCGGCCGACAGCAAACUCGAUGCGCACACCGAGUCUACUACAACAUCCGCGUACAACAAGCUGAUCGUGCAACUCGAGGAGAAACGACAACGCAUGAUCGCCAAGUUCCGGGACGCAUCCAAGCCGAAUCUCACCGCCGGCAUGACGCGCAAGCGUAUGCUGAUGAGCAAGGCGUCCAACGACGUUCGCAACAAAGGCGCUCAGCUCAGCAGACUGAACAUACGACAAGCGAUGAGGCAUCGCGACAAGCCGACAGCAACAGUGCCUUCUGCUCAAGGUGCUCCGCGGCAGAGUAAUCCGGCGAGAAAUACAGCGAGAAACAAACGUGAGCUGCAGAAACUGAACUCCUCCACGAGCGGAUGCGGCGAUCGCGACGAAGAGAGGAGGAAACAGGUGGCUAACAGCGCGUCGAGAAGCGCGGAGAAGAAGAAGGAUUCCUGGUCGACGACCAGUCACGCAAGCAGCGAUAGACCGCCCAACGAUUUAGCAGUGGAGCAAGCGUACGUGGACAACACGACUAGCAACGUGAAGGACUCGCUCGAGCGUUGCAGCAGCAAAGAGACGGAAUCCGCGCGAUCGCGCACCACCGAGUGCCACUCUUUGUCGGAGAAGGGAGCGAGCUCCCCAAGCUCGAGAGAUCGAUUAGACAGCAAGGAGAAUUUAUUGGAGAGGAACUGCACCGUUAACGCAGUUGGCCGAGAAGAGUCCGGGAAGACAGAACUCCGGGGAGACAGUGAUGCGCAGACAAGGGUCUCGGAGAAGGAAGGGAAGUCCGCCGAAAGGCAUAUUGUUGCGCAAGAGACUUCAGCUUUCGGCGACAAGGCGAAGCCGGAGGCGGAGUCGCGCGAUCAAGCGGGUAAGCUACGGCAGUACGCGAGUCAUGUCGACAAAACCAGGUGUACCAUACUUAAGUGCAAGGUGGAUCAAGUAAAACGCGACCUGUUUAGCGACGAGGAGAACGAUCAGAGAGCGUCCUUCUGCCUGGCGAAUGUGCAGAGAGACAAUAACGGAAGAACGGAGGAGACACAGCAAAGCUCGGGUCCCACGAAGGAGGUACCGAACGUUUUACGAGAGAACGCUCACGUAGAAAACCCCAAGGAGGAGCUGUCGAGCGUUUUACAGUGUCUGCAAUUAGUGCCGGCACACAGGAACGAGAAUGAACAGGCUCAGAACGGCAAGCAGCAGCAACAGCAGCAGCAGCAACAACAACAACAACAACAACAACAACAACAACAACAACAAGAGCUGGGCGAAGAUGGAAGUAGACAUAAAGGUACGAGCAAGGACAAUGCCGAGUCGAAUCAGAAGGCAGUUAAUGUUCAUCAUUACAAGGCCGAGUACCAUUUUGUGUACGACGACAGCGCGCCGAUAAGGAAGAGAAGAAGAAGGUACAGCGGCCACGAGCUGCAAAUUGAGAUCAAUUACGCCGAUCUGUCCGACCCGAAUCCUAUCGAGUGUAUCAAGGUGUUGAGAGCCACUGAGUUCGAGGAGAUAUUUAAUCUGCCGCCAAAGAACUCGAAGAAACGAGCGUUAGGCAAGAAAACACCGCACAAAGGCGAGCAAGCCGGCGAGACGACGACGUUCCCCGCAAAGAUGGAUAACGAGGCGUUUAUCUCGAGGAACAACACAAUAAAGCUUCUGGUCACGUCGUCUCCCAUGGACGAGUCAUCGGGAGCGAAAGUGAAAAAGUUGCCGCAGAUCAAGAGCACAACGACCAGCAGAACCGGCAGCGAUGCGCAAUUCGACUUGAAGAAGAAACCGAAACCCGACAAAACUCAGGAGAGAGUUUCAGAGAUCGCCGCCAAAAACCGCAAGAGAAAGCUAUCGGAAACGAAAGAGACAAAACAGACCGAGAAGAAAUCAUGCGCGACUGAUCCGCAAACGCUACUCAGCAACGUGGAUUUGAAUAAAUUCCUGAGUACAGUGCACGGACCUGAAUAAGGAAUGCCCUCUAUGAGUUAUCUUAGGAUAGUACGGACGAUGUUCAUUGUACAGUUUGUACAUUGUACACAUGUAAAUAUUAUAUCCUUUUUGCGUUACAAUACUGCGUGUAUUUUCUAUUUUGAUACGAGACGAAAUAUUUUACGUAUUUUACUAUUGAUAAUUUAGGAAUAUCACUAUUAGUUACUUGUGUGUGAAAACCUUUUAUAUGCGUUUUAUAUGAUAUUUUGACCUACUGGUGUAAUUAAUAAUUGACAAAGUAUAUGCAUGUUUGUCUUCUUUUAACUUACAAAGCGGAAAACACCGAAUAUUUCUUAUUUGUUGAAAAGGAAAUAUCUGCGCAUGACAGGCAGUUUAAAGUACGCAUAAAGUAGGCAGUAUUUACUACUUAAUAACAGUGAUAAAUUCUUUUUGUAUGACUCUACCUGCAAUCUCAAUAAUACCAAAGAUAUUA